AGGCGACCAGCUCCAGUCUCGCAGCGCCAAUGGCAUCUCCCGGCUCCGGCUUUUGGUCCUUCGUGUCCGAAAAUGGCUCUGCGGAUCCCGAGAACCCUGGCACAGCAAGAGCCUGGUGCCAGGUGGCCCAGAAGUUCACAGGCGGCAUCGGAAACAAGCUAUGCGCCCUGCUCUACCGAGACGCCGAGAAGCCCGCGGAGAGCGAUGGGAGCGAGCCGUGGCGGGUAGCCGCCCGAAAGGCAGUCUGUGCGUGCGAACAGAAGCCCUGCAGCUGCCCCAACGCGGACGUCGACUUUGCGCUUCUGCACGCAACAGACCUGCUGCCAGCUUGUGAAGGAGAAAGGCCCACUUUGGCGUUCCUGCAAGAUGUUAUGGACAUUUUGCUUCAGUAUGUGGUGAAAAGUUUCGAUAGAUCAACCAAAGUGAUUGAUUUCCAUUACCCUAAUGAGCUUCUUCAAGAGUAUAAUUGGGAAUUAGCAGACCAACCACAAAAUUUGGAGGAAAUUUUGAUGAAUUGCCGGACAACUCUAAAAUAUGCAAUUAAAACAGGGCAUCCCAGAUAUUUCAAUCAACUUUCCACAGGAUUGGAUAUGGUUGGAUUAGCAGCUGACUGGCUGACAUCAACAGCAAAUACUAAUAUGUUCACCUAUGAAAUCGCUCCAGUAUUUGUGCUUUUGGAGUAUGUCACACUAAAGAAAAUGAGAGAAAUCAUUGGCUGGCCAGGGGGCUCUGGCGAUGGGAUAUUUUCUCCUGGUGGAGCCAUAUCUAACAUGUAUGCCAUGCUGAUUGCACGCUUCAAGACGUUCCCAGAAGUCAAGGAGAAAGGAAUGGCUGCCAUUCCCAGGCUCAUUGCCUUCACAUCCGAACAUAGUCAUUUUUCGCUUAAGAAGGGAGCUGCAGCCUUGGGGAUUGGAACAGACAGCGUGAUUCUGAUUAAAUGUGAUGAGAGAGGGAAAAUGAUCCCAUCUGAUCUUGAAAGAAGGAUCCUUGAAGCCAAACAAAACGGAUUUGUUCCUUUCCUUGUGAGUGCCACUGCUGGAACCACUGUGUAUGGAGCGUUUGAUCCCCUCUUAGCUAUUGCUGACAUUUGCAAAAAAUAUAAGAUCUGGAUGCAUGUGGAUGCAGCUUGGGGAGGAGGAUUACUGGUAUCCCAGAAACACAAAUGGAAACUGAGCGGCGUGGAGAGGGCCAACUCUGUCACAUGGAAUCCACACAAGAUGAUGGGUGUCCCUUUGCAGUGUUCCGCUCUCCUGGUUAGAGAAGAGGGAUUGAUGCAGAGUUGUAACCAGAUGCACGCCUCCUACCUCUUUCAGCAAGAUAAACACUAUGACCUGUCCUACGACACUGGAGACAAGGCCUUACAGUGCGGGCGCCAUGUUGAUGUUUUUAAGUUGUGGCUAAUGUGGAGGGCAAAGGGGACUACUGGGUUUGAAGCACAGAUUGACAAGUGUUUGGAGCUGGCAGAGUAUUUAUACAAUAUCAUUAAAAACCGAGAAGGAUAUGAAAUGGUGUUUGAUGGAAAGCCUCAGCACACCAAUGUCUGCUUCUGGUAUGUACCUCCAAGUUUGCGCACUCUGGAAGACAAUGAAGAAAGAAUGAGCCGCCUCUCAAAAGUGGCUCCAGUGAUUAAAGCCAGAAUGAUGGAGUAUGGGGCCACAAUGGUCAGCUACCAGCCCUUGGGAGACAAGGUCAACUUCUUCCGCAUGGUCAUCUCAAACCCCGCAGCAACUCAUCAAGACAUUGACUUCCUGAUUGAAGAAAUAGAACGCCUUGGACAAGAUUUGUAA